AUGAGCAGCAUGACCGUCGCCCACCACUUCAAGAAGAAGAAGUGCAAGCGCGGACGCACGGCGAUGAUGGGCCAAAGCGACGCGCCCGCCAUGGACCUCGCGCUCGCCGCGCUCAACGUCUCAGAGAAGAAAGACAUGUCGGAUUACGCGAGCUUGGCGCCGACGCCGAUGGGGUCGCCGAUGCACCAGCGCGCCAAGAAGGCGCGGUUUGCGAUCGACGGCGACGACUUGGACGACCUCCUCUUCCCGGACGAGCCGGCCACGAGCGCACUCCUCAUCGUGAGCUCGCGCCUCGAGAAGGAGCUCGCGCGCCGCCUCGUCCAGAAGAAGGAGCGUCAGAAGCAGUCCUCGCUCGCCGUGCACAAGCAGCAACUCGGGUACUUUGCGAUCGCGACGGCCUUCCAACGGGCCUUCCGCGAGCGCAACCCCACCGUGCAGCCUCUGGCGCUCGAAUGA